AUGGGCGCCGGCGCAAGCACUCCAGUAUCACCCCCUCCCUCCACCCCAGCGGCUACCUGCCCCGUUGAUCACAAAACCCGUGAGGCAUGGCUGCAGCAACAUAAACCCGGCGAGGCUCCUCAUCCUGUCGCUUCCAAUGAUGGGGUGCCGACAACGAUGAAGCAACACCGCCCGCUCUCCACAGAUCGCGAAGUAAGCAGUAUACCAAGAGCGGUUGCCUCCGAUUCAGAUGCACCCCCAUCCGAGUGUCCCGCCGCACCGUCCUCCCCAUAUGCAUCACCGACUGCAUCGCACGGUACGCCUUCUAACGCAGAAACUGAAACGGGGCAUGACAAAUCGACGGGGAACUGGAUUUAUCCUUCUGAACGGCAAUUCUUCGAGGCGCUAAUGCGUAAGGGUAAUACCCCGAAUUCAGUCAGCUCGGCGUCAGAAUUAGCGACUACGGUAGCAUCGAUAAUCCCAAUCCAUAACGCUGUGAAUGAGCGCGCAUGGCAGCAAAUCCUGGAAUGGGAACAGAAAGCGCCGUUAUCGGACCCUGGAAGCAAAAAGUGCGGCGGGCCGAAGCUGUACUCGUUUCGCGGACUAGGCUCCGAGCCGGAAUUUUUGAGCCCUAGGGCGCGCAUGAACAGCUUGAUGGGAUACCAGUUACCUUUUGAUCGACACGACUGGGUUGUGGAACGAUGUGACGGGCAGCGGAUUGAAUAUGUCAUCGAUUUUUACCAAGGAAAGUCAACAGGAGGGAGCAGCCGGGGUGGCCUGGCCGCAAACGCCGGGCCAGGCAAGCUCAGCUUUUACCUUGACGUGCGGCCGAAAUUGAAUUCUUGGGAAGGCUGUAUGAUGAGAUUCAGGCGAUUCUCGGGUCUUUAA